AUGCAGAAAUCCUGUCAGAACCCCCGACCAAGAAAAUUUUUAAGCCAAGAGGAACAACACACCAACAUGGUCGAUGCUCUCAAGCAAGUAAUAUCCGGCAACGAUGAUUGUGGAUACACCAACACUGAAGUGGCCCAACAACUCCUACAAACCACUCAGAAUGCCAUGUCAUCAUCACCAUUUCCAACAAGGGGGACCAGCCCUAGUGCUUCUGCUAGUAGUAGCACAAGACAGGAAGGGAAAAGAAAGAGAAAGAAGAACAAGAAGUACAGGGGAGUUCGACAGAGGCCUGGGGGGAAGUGGGCGGCCGAGAUUUGGGACCCGCGGCGUGCGGUGCCGGUGUGGAUUGGCACGUUCCAAACGGAGGAGGAAGCCGCCAGAGCUUAUGACUUGAAAGCCGUGGAGUUCCGGGGGGAGAGAGCCAAGACCAACUUUCCGUUGUCGGACUACCUAGAAUUGCCAAGCACCACUCAGCAGACAAAUAAUCCAGAAAGCAAUCCCAAUGAGAUCACAGAGAAUCAAGAAUGUGAACCCAGUGACAGCGAUCAAGCACUCGAGAACGAGUACAAGAGCUAUGCCCGUCGCAAGCCCGGACCCUCUCCUUCGUUUGAAGUCCCACCUGGUGUCACUCGUCCAUCUGAGGAAUUCAGCGGCGGUGCUGGUGGUUAUGGGUAUGAGAAGCCUCGGCCCAAUUCUGGGUUUCAGCCUGGGAUGAAUCGACCUAGUGGUGGGUAUGGGUCCGGUGGGAGGAGCCCAGUAUGGAAUACGGGUGGAAGACCUGUUAUGGGGAGGAGGAGGGCGGUGGUGGGUAUGGGUCCGGUGGGAGGCCUGAGAGGACAGAGUAUGGGCGGUCCGAGCUAUGAGACCCAAGAAGCUGAGGGGUACAGGAGGCCAUCUCAUGAGAGGCAGAACUACGGGAAGUCUGAGGAGGGGGGGGGAGAAUACAGGAAGCCUAGUUAUGAGAGGCCUGAUGAUAAGGAUGAAGGCUAUGGUCGCAAGAAAUAUGGAGAAGAAGAAGAAGAGAAGAAACACCGUAAGCAUCACCACCACCACCACCACCGCAAGCCCUAUGACGAUGCAUAA